AUGGGAUCCAACGUUGAGCUGGUAUGGCCAGAGGCAGAGGCAUAUUCCUCACGAGUGAACAACAGCUCACAUGCAAAUUUGAGCGACGUUGCUCAGUUCACUCGUCAGGAUUUCUGUUUGAUCUCAGGGCUUCGUUUUGGGGAAGUGCCUGAAGUUUCCAGUGGAGAAAGUGAUGAAAUUAGACUUCAGAAAAGAUAUUUUAUAGACGAAGGAAUUACAUGUAAUGCUUUAGAAGAAGCAUUUGUGAGGUGCACAGAGGAAGAUGACGUCUACAAGCUAGCUCUUGUUUACUUUGCUGAGUUAGUGGUUUUGGGAAGGGACAAACAUUUGAACAUCAAUCUAAAUUACCUGACCCUUGUAGAGGACUUGGAUGCGUUCAACAGGUUUCCAUGGGGUUCGGUGUCGUUUGACAAAACCCAAGACAGUCUGUUUUCUGCACCAACAAAGUAUGUGAAAAGCUUUGAAAAUGAAGAGGGAAGAGGGAAGGGGAAAUGUAAGGUAACCGGAACAAGCCGGAGAAAUGAGAAGGGCAAGAAGGAUAACCAUGGUGAAGUGCAAAGGGGUGGCUGGAGUUUUAAAGGUUUCACGUAUGCUUUCCAGAUUUGGGUAUAUGAAUUAAUUCCUAGAAUGGCGGACCUGAAUUACUGCAAGGUUGUUGAUCCGACAGCUCUCCCGCGUAUUUUGCGAUGGAGAACUACUACGUUUGUUCCCGAGAUGAGAAAGUUGAACAAUUAUUUUUUCCAGAGCAAAGAGUCAGUUCAGUUGCGGGCGCUAUGUCCAAGUGAAGAGGAAAUGAGACAACCAUAUUGGAGUUGGCCACAGGGUCGCCCUGCUGUUGUCUCGGCAGAGUCAAUUCCUUCUUCAUGUGCUGACCUUGAUGAGUUGAACAAGGCGGUAAGCUUGUUGAGGUCCGAGUUGUUUCAAGUAAAGCGGGAAAAGGACGUCCUUGAGUUAAAGGAAGUGAGAAGGGACAUAGCUUUACUGAAAGAGAGGACGAAUCGUUGUGUCGUGUCACAUCUAUUUAAGGGAUAUGAGGAAGUGGAUGGCAUGCAAUGGGAUGAAGGGCCAAGUAAUAGAAAUGAGGGAGAGGAAAAUGAAGAGGAGGACAUUGAAGGGGGUGAAGGGCCAAAUAACAGAAAUGAGGGAGAGGACAAGGAAGAGGAGGGGAUUGAAAGGGGUGAAGGGGCAAGUAAGACAAAUGAGGGAGAGGAAAAGGAAGAGGAGGGGAUUGAAGGGGGUGAAGUGCCAAGUAAGAGAAAUGAGGGAGAGGAAAAGGAAGAGGAGGGGAUUGAAGGAGGUGAAGUGCAAAGAAAACCAAGGGAGGUAGAGGAAGCUCAAAGGAAAAGAAGUGAGGGAGAGCAAGUGAAAAUAAAAAGCAGCAAAGGAGAGGAAGCGCAAAGAAAGAGCAUUGAGGGAGAGGAAGAACUGCAAAGAAAAAGCAGUGAGGGAGAGGAUCCGAAAAAAAAAAAAGGAAGGGCAAGGAAGUGA